GCAGUGGGCGUGUCCGUGUCGCUUCGUUCCAGGAAGUCAACUUUUUGGAGUUUUGCGAGUUGAGGUUUGUUUGUGAAGUGAAACACGCGCGAGUCUCCGGGCUGAUGGUGAACUCCUCCCGCUGUCGGUCAUCAUGUCGGACUCCUCGGACAGAUCCACGAAGAUCCACCUGCUGAGGGAGGCGCUGGUGAAGAAGCUGUGCGACGUGUUGGACAAAUCCUGCGACCGGGGAUGGCGGCGACUCGGAGAUAUCGUCGGCGGCGAGAGGCGCCUCAGAGUCAGCCCUGACGACAUGGAGACGUGCUCUCUGAAGGUGUUGGAGCUGGAGGGCAGCCCGAGCCGCAUGCUGCUGAGGCUGAUGGGAGAGCGGGGCUGCACCACGGGUCAGCUGAUGGACUACCUCCAGACUCUUGGCAACUUGGAGGCUGUGCAAUGCCUGAAACCGUCAGCCUUGCAGAUUCUCAUCCAGCCCCAGUCACUGGCUCUUACAUCGGGACACAAUCUGCGGCUCAGCUGUCACGCUGUGGGCAAAGCUCCAGUACAGUACCAGUGGUUCAAGAGUAAGGAAGAGGUGCCCAACAGCUUCUCUCCAGACCUGGUGAUAAGUCCGGUCCAUCUGAAGGACGCUGGCUUUUACAUCUGCAGGGUCAACUGUGGAGAUACUUUUGAGUUCAGCCAGUGGGCCCAGGUGGACGUCCUGAGUGUCACCCUGCCUUAUGCACCAGGGCAGAGUUAUCAAUCCUUAGAGGGUCGGCUGAAGCUGGUGAUCCAGCCUCAGUCCCAGCAGCUGCAUGCAGGGGAAACCCUUCAGCUGGAGUGUGGCGCCGUGGGACGGCCGAUCCCUCGAUACCAGUGGCACAGAAAUGGAGUUCCGAUCCUCAACGCCACAAAGAGGAAGCUCAUGAUUCGUCAUGUGAUGCCGGAUCACAAUGGCAGGUAUCGCUGUGAGAUCAGCAGCGGCAGCUCCGAGCGAAUGUGGACCAAUGAAGUCGACGUUGUCACGGCACCGAGGAUAUCUGUCCAGUUUUCAGGGGCAAUGGAGUGCUCUGAAGAUGACUUCUAUGCCAUUGGGGGAGGUUCUGGUGAAUUUUACCUGAACAGUAUUCCAGACCAACUUUAUGCGACUGACAAAGUGGCCCUGCUGAUCGGCAACCUCUCCUACAAGAACCACCCGCAGCUCAAGGCUCCCAUGGUGGACGUGUACGACCUCACCAACCUCCUGCGGCAGCUGAACUUCAAGGUGGUUUCGCUGCUGGACCUCACGGAGUCGGAGAUGAGAAACGCUGUCGACGAGUUCCUGCUGCUUCUCCACAAGGGAGUCUAUGGUCUGCUGUACUACGCUGGUCAUGGAUAUGAGAACUAUGGCAACAGUUUCAUGGUGCCGGUAGACGCACCAAACCCGUACAGAUCGGCCAACUGCUUAUGUGUGCAGAGCAUCCUGAAACUGAUGCAGGAGAAGGAGACAGGCCUCAAUGUUUUUCUGAUGGACAUGUGCAGGAAAAGGAAUAUUUAUGACGAAAUCGCUCCUAACAUUGUCCUGAGGGUCACGGCCAACAUCGUGUUUGGAUAUGCUACGUGCCAGGAUGCCGAAGCCUUUGAGCUGAGCUCCAGUGGCUUCACCAACGGUGUGUUUGUCAAGUUCUUAAAGAAGCGACUGCUGGACGAUGAGAAGAUCACCGUGGUGCUGGACAGAGUCGCCGAGGACAUGGGUCAGUUCGAUGCUACGAAGGGGAAGCAGGCUCUGGAGAUCCGCAGCAGCCUGUCGGAGAGGAGAGCUCUGGCCGAUCCUAUUCUGCCUGGCGACAGCGCUGAUCUUGCUCAGGCUCAAAGUCGACAAUGGGCGAAGGCUCACGAGCUUCCUGAGAGUAUGAGUCUCAACUUUGACUGUGGGGCUCAGAUCAAGUUGGGCUUCGCUGCGGAGUUCUCCAACGUGCUCGUCAUUUACACUCACAUCGUCAAGAAGCCCGAGGACAUGUCCUUCUGCCAGGCUCACGUCACUGACUUCUCACAGGACCUUGAUGUGGAUCCUAAAGAAAUGAACAGAGAGACUCCAGAGGAGACGGGGAUCUACCUCCUGUCAAGCAGCCUGCCGCAGCACUGUCUCUACACCAGACUCAGCUCACUGCAGAAGCUCAGGGAGGAGCUGGUGUUCACCGUGUGCCUUCAGGGCACCUACCCAGCCAUGGACGAUGAUCCUGUCCAUUGGACCAAAAGCAUCAACAUUGGAAAGCCACUGAUAGCCCGACUGGACCUGCACUCGGCCAUGCGGAAGAACAGCUGCCUGCAGACCUGCCUGAUGCCCCAUAGCCCGUCAAACAGCCCCUGCCACAGCCCCAGGCCUGAACAAUGCCUCCACCUCCAUCACGGGCUGCUGCAGGCCCAGGACCACAGCCGCCUGUCCCCUCAUGGUGCAGUGGGAGACUCCUACUAUGAAAAUCUUUCGACCUCGCCAGGCAGGAUGAGCAUCCCUAUAGAGGCCAGCGACGACAUCAACGAGCUGCACAGUGUGUUUAUCAACAGCCUGCAGCUUCAGCAGCAGUGAAUCAGCUGCUGGAAUAUCAUUGUUCUCAGAAUAGAGGCUAUAAAUAUCUCAAACAUAUCUGGAAUACUGCUGCUCUUUCUCAUACAUAUUUUUUAGAAAGUUACAUUCUUAAACCUUUAACCACUAUUUGUAUCGACAAGCUGUUAAACUGACAUUAUUCUUAGAUUUCAAUUUUAGGAAUACAUUUUUACGAAAAAUAAAGAGUAUCUUCGUGAACUGACAAAGGC